GUGAUGCAGGGCUUGUCGUGUCUUCGACGGGUUGCGACCCCGCCUGCGGCGCCCAUGGCACGUGCAGGAGCGGAAUUUGCGAAUGUGAAGCUGGCUGGGCCGGCAAAGGUUGUAGCCUCUUCUUGGCUGACGAAGGUGCAGAGCACUCCCCGCAGCAGGCGAAAGUCGUCUUGGAGCCUGCAGUGCUUGCACUGAUCGAGCAGGCCGCAAAUGCAAGCGUGCCCGGAG